AGUAGAGCAAGUACUCCUCUACUAAGCCAGGAAAAUAUCUUCCAACCUCUUGUGCAUCAGCGGCGGCAUCACCAUCUUCCAACCCACGAGCGCGGUGGAGAGAGCGAGGCAUGUUCGACACGAUGGAUCACGGCGGCGUCGUGGCGGUGAAGCGGAUGAGGCUGUACACCGCAGAGAAAGAAGAGAUGGAGAUGGAGGUGGACGGAGAAGAGGAGGAGGAUGAGGGGUGGGCAUGGGGGACGCCGGGGCUGGGGAUGGGGAUGGGCCCGGCGGGGGAGCAGAGGGCGGCGGCGAUCGUGGUGGCAGACGCGAUGGAGCCCGACUUCCCCGUCAUCUACGUCAACGCAGCCUUCGAGGCCGCCACCGGGUACCGCGCGCACGAGGUGCUCGGCCGGAACUGCCGAUUCCUACAAUUUCGUGAUCCACGUGCACAAAGACGACACCCCCUUGUUGAUCCAAUGGUCGUUUCAGAGAUGCGGCGGUGCCUCAGUGAUGGAAUUGAGUUCCAAGGUGAAGUACUGAAUUUCCGAAAAGAUGGCGCUCCACUGACAAACAGGCUAAGGCUCAUUCCAAUGCAUGGGGAUGCUGGCUCUUUGACACACAUUAUUGCAAUCCAGCUGUUCUCUGAUGCCAACAUCGAUCCCAGCAACAUAUCUUACCCAGUGUAUAAACAACAGUCCAGCCACAGGCGCAGCAUUCAAGAUAUGAACCCUGCUUCCCAUGAGCAUACUCCUAAAGUCCAAUGUUCAGACUACUGCAGUAUCUUCCAGCUCUCGGAUGAAGUUCUGGCUCAUAACAUCUUAUCGCGCCUGUCACUGAGGGAUGUGGCAUCCAUUGGAUCAGUCUGCACUAGAAUGCAUGAGCUGACAAAGAAUGAUCAUCUGAGAAAAAUGGUCUGCCAAAACGCAUGGGGAAGAGAUGUCACUGGCAGGCUUGAGACCAGCACCAAGAUGUUAGGAUGGGGUCGUCUUGCAAGAGAACUAACAACCCUUGAGGCAGCCUCGUGGAGGAAGUUCACAGUUGGAGGACGCGUUGAGCCAUCCCGAUGCAACUUCAGUGCCUGCUCUGUGGGAAACCGCCUUGUCCUUUUUGGAGGGGAGGGUGUCAACAUGAAGCCUAUGAAUGACACCUUUGUGCUUAACCUUGAGGCUGCAAAGCCAGAAUGGUGCCUUGUCAAGGUUUCUGCGUCCCCGCCUGGCCGCUGGGGACACACGCUCUCAUGGCUAAAUGGCUCAUGGCUGGUAGUAUUUGGAGGCUGCGGACAGCAAGGUUUGCUUAAUGACGUCUUCGUCCUUGACCUUGAUGCCCAGCAUCCCACUUGGAGGGAGGUUGCAAGCGACGGUCCACCAUUGCCACGGUCUUGGCACAGUUCAUGCACUCUGGACGGUUCUAAACUUGUUGUGUCAGGGGGGUGCGCCGAGUCCGGUGUGCUUCUAAGCGACACAUUCCUGCUUGAUCUCACGAAGGAAAAACCAUCAUGGAAGGAGAUUCCGACAUCUUGGUCAUCCCGCCUUGGCCACACCUUGUCUGUUUAUGGUAAGACUAAACUAUUUAUGUUUGGUGGAUUGGCGAAGAGUGGCUCGCUUCGGCUGCGCUCCAGUGAUGCCUACACUCUGGAUGUUGCUGAAGAUAAUCCGCAAUGGAGGCAGUUAGCGACAACAGGGUUUCCAAGUGUUGGUCCGCCGCCAAGGCUUGAUCAUGUCACUGUGAGUCUGCCCUGUGGGAGGAUCAUCAUAUUUGGUGGCUCAAUUGCUGGACUGCACUCACCCGCCGAGCUGUUCUUGCUCGACCCGGCAGAGGAAAAGCCAACAUGGAGGAUCCUGAAUGUUCCUGGGCAGCCACCGAAGUUCGCAUGGGGACACAGCACCUGUGUUGUUGGUGGCACCAGGGUCUUGGUUCUUGGCGGACACACCGGGGAGGAGUGGAUUCUGAAUGAGCUCCACGAGCUCUGCCUCGCAAGUAGGGCUGCUGAAGAUGCGUGAUUCUGCCAAAUGUCACUUGGCAUAAUUGAUACGGUUUUAGAUCUUAUUGUUCAUGUAACCUGUGUUGUCACUGCGUUUGUAUACGAAAAUUAGUGCAAAAGAAUUGAAAAGGAAUUAGUGGAGGAGAGCUUAGUACA